AUGCAGCAGGCCAGGAGUCUGUCCCGAUCCAGCAGGGAUCGUGAUCAGGCUUCAAAGCUCUCGGUGAGAUACCGAUGGCAGACGCCACCCGAGUGCACGUCUGAGAAGUUGGGCUGCAAGCUCAUUGACAUGAGCGUGCGCGUGAACCUGGACAAGUUCAUGGCCAUCAACCAGACGAGCCAGACCUUCAAAGCCCAGUUCUUCUUCCAGGCGGAGACCAAGGUGCCCAAAGGAGACGCCGAGAAGGUGAAGAAGUUUCUGGAAAAUAUUCAGAAGAGUGAUUGUGCCGGGGCCGACAGGAUCGUUGUGGAGAACAUGGUGGAUCCCUUGGAGGGUCCUCCUUUCAAGCCCUGGCUCUCCGAAAGAGAGGAAGACGGGAAAAUCACCUUCACCUUAAGCUGGAGGAUCGUGGGAGAGUUCGGGGAAUCUCUUGAGCUUCACGACUUCCCCUUCGAUUGUCAGGACUUUACCGUGACGCUCUGCUUCUUCCGUGCCUGCAAAAGGGAUGAGCUUCAAGUGCGGUUUAUCGAUGCCGAGGCCUCUCGGGUGCCUCUUCGGGUGUUUUCGUUGGAGAAUACCUGGAACAGGCCCCACCGAUUGAUUAUCGGCCCGAGCUUCAGCGACCCUCGGGACAACUGUAAGGGUGCCGUCUUCCCACUGCUGCACGUCACGGUGCAAAUGCAACGGGUGCCAAAAUACUAUUUCUUGAACAUCGUGGUGCCCAUGUGUUCGAUAGUUGCUAUGAGUGCGUGCUACACACAAAUCAAGGCAACAGAGAUUGCCGACCGCUUGUCUACUUCCCUGACACUAGUGCUUACAGCCGUCGCAUACAAGUAUCUGGUUGCGCAAAUGGUCCCGGCGAUUGGAUACAGCACCUGGCUGGACUGGUACGUGCUCAUGUGCUGGUUCUUCCUUGCUGGAAUCGUGCUGGAAAACUGUUUGGCUCUCAAGAACUUCCACAGGACGGAGUUUAUCUGGCAAGUAGUCUUGUACUCCAGCUUCGCGAUGGGCAACAUCUGGUUCGCAAAACGGGCGUGGGAUGUGUAUCGGGCUCAAAGAACUAAGCUCAGCCCCCACGGACGUGAACAUGAGGAAGGACUGGAUGAUUUUAUUAUUGAUGGGAGCGACGACGACGAUGGCACCUUUUCCUUCGCUUCACAAGCAUCGGAAGCGAGCUGUGCAUUCUUACGGCCGUAG